GCGAUCUGCUUCCCGCCGCGAGCCGGGUCUCCAUGGAAGACCUGAGUUUUCUUUACCCAGCUGAUGGAGGUGCCGCCGCCCUGGCUUUGGGGCUGGGGCCUCCGGGGAGGUUCCGGGUGGGGUCGUUGAAGAGGCCGCUCUUUUUGCAAGGCCCAAGAUGGCGGGCCCUGCGCAGACCCGCUGUUCCGCGCCCUCAGGGCAUCGGUAUCCCGUUGUGGCUGGAUGCCCCCGCUGGGCCCGGAUGCCCCCGCUGGGCCCGGAGCAUCCUUGGCGCUGCCCUCGCGGAGCCGCGCUGACGCUGAGGUGGCGCCGGGUGCCCGGGCUCCGCGAGGAGCGGCGGCAGCGAGGGCUGGAGGACCCGGGCUCCGGGGCUCCGGGGCGUCUGGCCUGGGUGGGACUGAGCCCAUCCAGGGACUGGGACUCCCGGGUUCUGGUGCGGGUGGAUCCUGGGCAGGGUCAGGACCAAGUCCCUCUCCUUCCACCAAGGAGCGCCCAGAGGCCGGCGGGAGCUCUAUCCAGGUUCACCUCCUCCUCCUUCAGGUGUUUACUUUUCCUUUAUUUCUGUAAGGCCAGAAAUUGGCGCCAUCCUUCACAUCGGCGAAUCCGGACCCCAACACCCAUUGCCUCAGGUUUAUUGUUAUUGCCA